AAAGGGUUGCACACUCUCAUGGAACGGGCUAAACCACAGGAAACUGAUAAGCUAUUCAAAGAUUUGAGCUCACAGUUUUAAAAAAAAAACCAACACGUCAAAAUUUAUUUUAUCUGAUUCAAGGCAGGUGCCUUCAGUGUUAAACGAAUUGAAAUUUGGCACAAUUCAUCACAAGAUCAGAGGAUAGGUCCUCAGACAGAAAUUGAAGCUCUUUAGUGUACACACGGUUACUAAGCGAGGAACAGCUUGAAGGGGCAGAUGACAAUUUUAUAUAGUUUAGAAAACGACUGUACUAACAGGUAUGAUAUAUGCAAGUCUUCAUUUAAAAACACUGCAGGAGGUCCAGUUUCCGUAGAACCAGUGGGAAUGAGCUUGACCAUUACUAAUUCAACAAUGGAUCACAACAGUUCUGCAAACACUACUGAAUGUAAUCUUUACACCCACCGCCACACAAUCAGUAUUGUUUUACCUAUCGCCUACUCCAUUAUAUCCGUAGUUGGCAUCUUUGGGAAUUGCCUUGCCGUAUACACCAUCAGGAAAAAGCAGAAGAAAAUCAAUUCAACUACACUUUACUCCAUGAAUCUGGUGAUCUCAGACAUUUUCUUUGCAGCCAUUUUACCUGCACGAAUAAUAUAUUACGCACGAGGAUUUAACUGGCCAUUUGGUGAAGCACUCUGCAGAAUUACUGCAAUGAUCAGUUACAGCAACAUAUAUGCCAGCGUAAGUUUCAUGACCUGCUUAAGUUUGGAUCGGUUGCUCGCCGUAAUAUAUCCAUUCCGCUGUUCUAAGUUCAGAAAUGUCCGCAAUGUUAAAAAAAUCUGCCUUGUUGCAUGGGCCAUUAUUCUUUGCCAGACAGCACCACUGCUGUUUAUCCAAAUGUCUAACAACAUUGAAGACAAAUUCUUGACGUGCAUGGAAUAUCCAAAUUUUGAGUCGAUUCCAAAUCUUCCACAAAUGCUGCUGGGCGCUUGUCUAAUGGGUUACGUGUUGCCUGUGGUUAUUAUGCUGUUUUGUUACUCUAAAGUCAGCUGUAAACUCUUCAAAUCAGCAAAGGAGAACCCCUUGACAGAAAAGUCAGGAAGAAACAAAAAAGCCAACAACAUAAUCCUGCUUGUACUUUGCGUGUUUUUCAUAUGCUUCACUCCCUACCAUGUAGUCAUUAUGCAACACAUGAUCAAAAAGCUGCACAAGCACACAAUACCCUGCCAGGAGCAAAUGAACUUUCAAAUAGCUCUCCAUGUGACUGUUACCGUGAUGAACUUCAACUGCUGCCUGGACCCUUUCAUCUACUUCUUUGCCUGCAAGGGCUACAGGAGCAUUGUCCUCAAGGUGUUCAGACAGCCCAUUAGCGUGUCUUUUUCAAGUGGAGUUAAGACAGCACAGGAAAAUAACUCACCAGGGGUAGGGAAUCACUUGAAUGCAACAGGGUCAACCUCUGAUGCCAAACUGUAGAGACAAUUUACUCAAGUAUACUGGGAAAACCCACAGCCAGCAAAAAAGGACCUCAAUUCAUUUUCUGAUCAAAAUUCUAAAUGUAUGCAUUAAAUAGUGGUUCAUGCACAUAUUGUACAGAAGUAAACUGACGUAAUUUUUCAAAAAAAUCUUAAUUUACAUGUAGUUUUCCUCUUACUUGGAAAAUUCAUCCCACAGAGACAUCCAAAGUGCAAAUUUUGGUCAUUUUCCAUUUACAAUUAAUUAGAAAAUGUCCUGCAGUGUCUUGGUGCUCCCAAUUCUACAGGAUUCCUGACCUCUGAAGAAGAGUCAUUCGGACUCGAAAUUUUAACUCUGUUUCUCUCUCCACAGAUGCUGCGAGACCUGCUGAGUUUUUCCAGCAUUUUCUGUUUUUAUUAUCUAUGGGAUUCACUCUACCUUGGAUGCAGUUGCAUGGCAACUUUGGCUGUGCUUUGCACACAGCUCAUCAUGGUGGGAGUAAUAUCGCCUGUCUCCAUUCUGGCUCAACUCAUCAGCUGCUGACACCCUCAUCCAUGCAUUUGUUACCUGCAAUCUCAACUAUUCCAAUGCCUCCCAUCUUGCAUCAUCCAUAAACUUGAGUCAAUCCAAAACUCUGCUGCCUGUAUCCUAACUCGCACCAAGUUCUAUUCACCCGUCAUCUUUUUACUUGUUGGUCACCAAUGGCUUGCAAUCUGGCAAUACUUUCAUUUUAAAAUUUUCACUCAUGUGUUCAAAUCCCCUCCAUGCCUUUUCUAGCUAUAAUUUCUUCCAAUCCUACAGCCCUCCAAUUCUGGUCUCUUGCAUUUUAAUUGCUCCAUCACUGGCAACCAUUCUCUCAGCAGCCUGGGCCCCUAAGCUCUGGAAUUCCCUCCAUUCCUCUCUAACACUCUCUCAUCCUCUAACGCUUAAAAUGUACCUCUAUGACCGCAGUACUGGUCACCUGUCUUUCAAUCUCUUUAUGGGACCUGGUGUCAAAUUUUAAUGGACAAUGCAUUUGUGAAGUACCUUGAAAUGUUUUAUAGGUUGAAGGUGACAUAUAAAUACAAUUUUUGUUGUAUU